AUACAGGCUCUAAUGAGCUGGCGGAAAGGCGUGAUUUAGCGGCCGGGCCUGGAGCUGGUUAGCCGCGCCGAUUUAUGUGAGCGCGCCAACUAGAACUAGUUCGGCGGCGGCCGCGCGCGGACGGUGGGUGCUCGCUGCUGCUGCUGCUGCUGCCGGGGCUGCCUCUACCCAGUGACUCGCCGCGCGAUGCCCGGCAGCUCGCGCUAGAGUAUGGACGUUGGCGAGAGCGCUCCGCCCAGUCCCGCCGUCGAGCCGACCAGCAGCUGCAGUGACAGUGAGAUUAGCGUCGGCUCGCCGCUGCCGACCGCCAUGCCGCCGCGCAGUGAUGUGUCGCCGUCGACGCCGGCCAGCCCGGCCCAGCCGCCGUCUCCGACGUCCCCGGGGGCGCCGCUGUGUCCGGCGGCGCCCGCCGGCGAGUCGCCCGGCUCCGGCGAGCUGGCCGGCUACGACUCGAGCGAGACCGAGGACUAUUUCGGCCCGCUGCGGCGGCUCGGGCCGGCCAGCGCCGAGACGGCUGCGGCCGGCGCGCGCCAGCCCGACCACGGCCUCAAGUCGUUCUCCGUGCACGACAUCCUCAACCACCGCAGCUCGCGGCGCAAGUGUGCCGUGCCGACGCGCAUUGUGCGGCCCUGGGACUGUGACGAGCGGCCGCCGGCGCGAGCCGAAAAACCCGACAAACUCGACCGCAAGAAGGCGGGCAACAACGGCAACAACAACCCGCUCGACGAGCUGUUCAAGAUGACCAACAAGACGCUGCAGGACUUCAAGGACGAAAAGCAGGGUGACGGCGCCAGCAUGUUCGCCGCCCGGCCGCCCGUCAAGAAGAAGCGCAAGUCGCGUACCGCCUUCACCAACCACCAGAUCUUCGAGCUGGAGAAGCGCUUCCUCUACCAAAAGUACCUGUCGCCGGCUGACCGGGACGAGAUCGCCCAGUCGCUCGGGCUCUCCAACGCCCAGGUGAUCACCUGGUUCCAGAACCGACGCGCCAAACUCAAACGCGACAUGGAGGAGCUGAAACGCGACAUGGAGAACACCCGCGCCGGCGGCCCGGCGCUGCAGCACCAGAAGCUGCUCAUGACCAGUCUCGGUAUACCGAUCAAGCUCGACGAGCCGCAGGAUCUCAGCGGCAAGAUGUGACUGCUGGCCGCGAGCUAGCCACGCGCCGCGGUCCAGCGCCCGCCCCGUGCAGUCGGCGCACCAGUCAGCGGCCGCCGCCGCGCCGGACACUUGUUUUUGUUGAAAGCUUUAAAUGAGUUCAUGCAGCCGUCUCGCGUGUUUUUGUGUCGCCGAUUCGGUUCGUGCCGGCCGCCGUGCCGCUGGAGCCGACUGGCGUGGCGUGACCGGGUCGGCUGGGGACGGUCCAGGCGAUCGGCCGGGGCCGUGCCCAGAGCGCGGACGAUGCGCACGGCCGCCAGCGCGGCGCGACGCGCCUUCGGUGGGAAUGUGUGUGGGUCAAACGUGCGGCUAAGUUCCUAUGUUUUCAUGGCGAAUAUCUGUUGACUCGGACGCUCCGUGUAUCUAUUCCUUUCUGUUGAAAAUCCCUGUGUGUUCCGUUCCGUGUUUUCGCCGCUGUCCGAGCUCGGCGUUCGGGCUGAAGUCUCAGCGGUGCAGCAGACUCCCUUGAGAAAACCCCCGAAAGCCAAAGACCCUCGCUGUUCCCGCUCCGUCUUCCUUGGCUCUGCAGUGAUGUGCAGUCUCUGUGUUCGGUGUUGCCGGAGAUGUAGAACUUACUAGCCAUUGUGAUAAUAUGAUAGUAAGAGACAGCCUUAUGUUGACAGAUCUAUGUAGUUAUGACUCGGCCCGGUCAGCGGACAGGUUCACACUCACUGUAAGCCAACCCCGAUGAGUGUGCCAUUCCUGGCUGAGAUUGGGUGCCCCUUGUGUUACAAAUACUGUAAAUAAAUGUUAUUUAUGUGACCUGA